GCAUUUUGGCGCUCGUCCCCAGCGAUUCGCACUCUCGCACAUCUGGCGCCAAAGCCAAAUCAAAAGCCGUCAAAACACCGAACCUUGCUGGUUGUCGCGCAUGCGCACGCGCGCUAAACGAAAUCGAAAACGAAAAGCAGUCAAAGUGACCGUUAUUAUCGUCGAGCCGCAGGCGCAGUCAGCAUCUAAAGUUGUUAUAUAAUCUAGAGUGGAAACUGUAGAGCCCGAGUUUCUGGCAAUAAAAGAAGAAGAAAAACCGAAAGCCCAGCUUCUGCACACAAUUCGCCAAGUCGUCGCCGCCCAGCCAGCGGACUAAUUAAUGCGAGUUCGUGGAAAGAAAAGUAAAGUAAAGCGAAGUUGGGAGAUCUCGUAAAUUAUAAUACUUAAGGCCGAAAAAAGCGCUUGGGCCGCGAGACGCGAUCCGCCUCCGAUCCCAGUUCCCGAUCCCAGAGCCAGUCCGCCCGGAAAAAGAAAAACCCUCGACCGCCCAUUUGAAUGGCAGCGUGAAAGUGAAAAGCAACUGGUCAUCAGCAGCAGGACAAAGCUGCAGAUACAGAUAGAUUUACAGAUACUCUAUAGAGAUACGAUCCGUAAACGGCCACUGUGGGUCAGUCAUGCGCGCGAUGAGCAGCUGAGCUGCGCCAGCUGCCCGAGGAGCGGCCACCAAGAUGAUGAUGCCAUCACAAUCGCAAUUGCAUUCGCAGUCGCAAUCACAGUCGCGGCCACAGUCGCGGUCACAGUCGCGGUCACACUCGCAAUGCCACUGGCAGAUCCCGGCGACAAGCACCACGACCUUGAGCUGGCUGUGUCUUCUCCUGCUGCUGCCCUCUUCCAGGCAGUUCGAAACGGACUGUGGAUGUCGUCCGGCGCGUAGAGGCCCGAGGAUCAUUGCUGGAGCUGCCACGAAUGAGGGCCAGUUCCCCUGGCAGGCCUCCCUGGAGCUGCUGCACCCCUCGCUCGGAUUCCUGGGCCACUGGUGCGGGGCGGUGCUGAUCCACCAGUACUGGAUCCUCUCAGCCGCCCACUGUGUUCACAACGAUCUCUUUAACCUGCCCAUUCCACCGCUGUGGACGGUGGUUUUAGGCGAACACGAUCGCGAUGUGGAGUCGGGCAACGAGCAGCGUAUUCCCGUCGAGAAGAUCGUGAUGCACCACCGCUACCACAACUUCAAGCACGACGUGGUGCUGAUGAAGCUUUCAAAGCCAGCGGAUCUCACCAGGGCCUCCAAUAUCCGGCGGAUCUGUUUGCCCUUUCUCCUAGCCGAAUCGCCGGAUCAGGCCCAGUCAGAGGCAGUGCCUCCAGCUUCGUCAGCCGAUGAGGAUGUGUUAAUCCAGCAGCUGGAGCUAGAGGAUGUGCCCGAAAAGAUCGACAACUUUCUGCGCAGCGUCCAGAGCCGUCGGCGCUAUCGAAAUGUCACGGCCCCCAGCAUGAAGGAGCUGAUGAACAUGAAGAUCCUCAGCAGGAUGCGUCAAGCGCUGGCGCAACGCUCCCCGCGCAGCCACAAGCGUUCGCGAAGACGCAACGAUAAGCUAAUGAAGCUGGGUCCUCGCCGGGAUUCGGAUGAUUCUGCUGAGCAGAAGCACCCAAAAGUCAGUGAUGAGCCAAAGGAGAUGGCCUUUGUGGACUGCGUGGCCACGGGAUGGGGCAAGGCCAACAUCAGUGGUGAUCUCUCCAAUCAGCUGCUGAAAACACAGGUGCCACUGCACCAGAAUGGCAGAUGCAGGGAUGCCUACGGCAGCUUCGUCAACAUCCAUGGUGGUCACCUGUGCGCCGGCAAGCUGAACGGGGAGGGCGGCACCUGCGUGGGCGACUCCGGCGGACCGCUGCAGUGCCGCUUGAGCCGCGACGGACCCUGGAUACUGGUGGGAGUCACCUCCUUCGGAUCGGGCUGUGCCCUGGAGGGCUUUCCGGACGUCUACACCCGCACCUCGUACUACAUGAAGUGGAUCGAGGACACGAUCGCCACCCACUGAAUCAAGGAUACGUUGUUUACAUAGCUAUCGACCUGUAUUUAUCGAGUGCAAGCUCAGCUGUAUAUUGCUUACUGUUACCACUCUAACUGUAGCCCUAGCUUAUAGUUAUCGUUAACUAGUACGUAGGCAAGGACGUUCCCUAAGUUGUUUCCGAUGAGCACAAUAAUUUACACCGAAUCUUAAGCCUAAA